AACGAAGAGCCCGUGAAAGCACCAAAACCUCGUCCUACUUAUGGCAACACCUCCAAACGCAAAUGAAAAACUGCACUUGCGAAGUAAGCCAAAAAACCCGCACCGACUUUGAAUGGACCAAAUGCGAAAGCUGCGGCAAACACUUAGACGCUGCUCGCAAAAAAAGACGAAAAGAAAAGAGUUCAACCGCUACCGCCGAGUGGGAAGGCUGGAUUAAACCUUUAAAAAUAGAUUUUACCACUCCUACUCCAUAG